AUGUCUGCCUCGAAGAACACCCCCAAGAGUCCCACCAACAAGGAAAAGCACCACCGCCAAUCCAUCGGAAAGACGGUCAAAGACGAGUACAACCAGAUCACCGAAGCCGAGCUCGAGGAACCCACCGAAGAGAUCCAGCGCAAGGAGCUCAACGAGCCAUCCGUCGUUCYCGGACACACCGACGUUCCGCAGGAGAGCGAGCUCGAGACUAUUGGCAAGCCGUACGGCUCUGUGGGUAGCAUUCUCAAGGAGGGCAAGACCAAGCCACUUUCCAGAGACAGCAAAGUCGCAAAGGACCGUCUCAAGCAGAUUGAGACGGCUAGAAAGGGCGAAGUGGUCGAUGACGACUUUGUGAACCUCCCAGAUGCGGAGAAGGUUGUGGAAGAUGAUGGCAAGUAG